CCUCUUUUGUUAUUUUCUUAGUAUGUCUUAUUCUUGGGAGGGUGAGGAUUUUGUACUGCUACUCAUCUGGUGAAAAGCUGCUUUUUAACUCCACUGAUUCUUACACCGAUUCUGAGAAAAAUGACAACGGGCUGUUCCUUUGGACUAAAUCCUUGUGGGUUCUUUAUAAUGAGCCGACGGAGGAUAUCGUGCAAAGAGCUGGGGCAAGCCGAUUGCCAAGGAUGGCUCUACAAAAAGAAGGAAAAAGGAGCUUUCAUUGGCAACAAAUGGAAAAAGUUCUGGUGUGUGCUAAAGGAGUCAUCGCUGUAUUGGUACAGCAGUCAGCUGGCUGAAAAAGCAGAAGGAUUCAUAAGACUUCCAGACUUCAGUGUGGAUCGAGCAAUUGAAUGCAAAAAAAAGCAUGCUAUUAAGAUCAGCCACCCACAGAUCAAGACUUUUUAUUUUGCGGCAGAAAAUGUUCUGGAAAUGAACACGUGGCUAAGUAAGCUGGGAAUGGCUGUAGACCCUCAGGCACCAAACAGGAAGAAUGAGGAAGAAUGCUACAGUGAAAGUGAACAUGAUGAUCCAGACAUCACAGACACGCCACCUCCUCCCUACACAGUCCAGACCCCACCUCCUCCUUCGCAGGAUCAGCAGAAGUCAUCAUUCACCUCAACUCUGUCAAGUGAAGCAUCUUGUUCUCUCUCCUCUCCUGAAAGCACUUUCAAUUCCCAAGAAUCGUCAUCUUCCUUGACAUCCAAAGUGGUUUGUUCUGAGAGGCAGUCCUGGCUUGACCUGGUGAACAGCUCUGCCACGGAAGAGGGUGACCAGCCUUUAACGUUCUGCGUACAGAUUCAUUCCGACGAGGCGCCAGAAGUAGUCUGUGCAGAUGCAGCAGAAAGCCAGGAAGUCCGGCUUUCUGAACCCAACGGUGGAUCCCAAACCUCUUACUUAAGUGCAGAUACACAUUGUCUGGCUGUGCCAGAUGCAACUGGACAGCGAUCACUAGCCAGAGACCAGGAAAAGUGUGAUGAUGAUGAUGAGAUGGAGCGACUUUACAAGUCAUUGGAGCAAGCAAGCCUGUCUCCCAUUGGUGAUCGUCGACUGUCAACUAAGAAGGAGCUUAGGAAGUCAUUUAUCAAGCGCAGCAAAAACCCCUCCAUUAAUGAGAAACUCCACAAAAUUCGAAUGCUAAACAGUACAUUAAAGUGUAAGGAACAUGACCUGGCCACAAUUAACCAGUUGCUAGAAGACCCACAGUUGACAGCGGUGAAGUACAGAGAGUGGAGGAGCACAAACAUCAUGCUGGUCCAAGAUAUUUAUCAGCAGCAGGAGGUCCAGGACAUGUCCACAGAGAAUAGUGAAGAGCAAGAAAUGAUUCCACGGCCAGUCACUGAAAGUGCUAUUUGAUCAAUGGCACAUGGCAAGAUUUUUCUCCACGGGUCUUCACAUACAUGCAAUUUAAGCUGCUGUAUAUUGAGGAUUGUUUUUCGUGAGUGUGCUUCAAAAGGAAAACAACCCAUUCUCCAAAGUGUUAAAUGCUCCUGCAGAACUCAUUUAAUGUCAAAUGAGCAAGUUCCCCAAACUUGCCCAAGUUGCCCUAAAACGCACGCCUGAAUGUGGCCUGCAUACAUAAGAAGAAUUUUUAACAAAGCAGCAAAGAAACGUUUUUCAGUUUUUGGAGAAAAAAAUUAUAAGUGUCCAGCUUCUGGAGGACACAGAACUAUGUAAUAUGUACUGUAUAAAUAUGAGAUCCUUGGGAUUGUUUUAACCAUACAAUUUACCAUGAAAUGAAGCUAAACUGAUCCCAACAGGAUGUAGUCUACUCUACCUUUUCACCCUCUAAGGUAACCUGAUGUAUACAUUUUCAUCUCUGUACCCAUUUACUUUCACCACUCAACCAGUUUAAACAGAGACAAAUGGAAAAGUAAUUAUGAAAGAGUUGAUACUAUAGAUAGCUGCCAGGCACCCAGUUUGGGCUCUGCCUGAUAUUUUAUGAGUUUCAAAUUUAUUUAUGGUCCAGACCAAGAAGGUACUGUCUUUCUACAUGAAGAAGAGGUCUCUAAGUUUUUGCUAACAUGUAAUUUACUCUUCAGGGGGACAAGAUUCAACUUUUCUUAUGGGCUUUUCAGAAUUCCUUGGAAGAUUAUGUUCUUCUUUCUUAUUUUUGACAAUUGGGUGUAUAUAAGGUACAAGUUCAUCCCAGAGUCCAACUUAAGGAAGAUCACAUUCACAAACCAGAAGCUAAAUGACUCAACUCCUAAUGUGGACCUGGAAGUGUAAAACAAAGCUGCAAAUAUUUUUGUAAAUAUAUGUAAUUAUAUGACUUACAUGAAUGUGACUAUGUACUGUAUAGACGUUUUAUUUAUAUAUUUAUAUAUGCUGAAUUUCCUAAUAUAAAUAGGCACAUGUGGACCAAGCCCACCCAGCUGUGAGUACUUACAGAUUGACUUGAAAUGCCUCUUUAUUUUGUGUUCCAUUAUAGAUCACAGUAAUGUCUCUGCAGCUGAGACUACCCUGAGGCAUAUGCUGUGACUUUUUCUUCUGCUUUUCUAGCUUUGAGUUUUAGAUGAAGAAAAUCUGUACAACUUAGGGCCUGAAAGAAGUUUUCUAGAGAGCUUCAAGAUUUCCCUUUGGGGGAAGAAAAUAAGAGGUUUUGCUGCAGGAUCAUGAUUUUUUGGCUUCAUUUUCCUCAGUACAAAAUUUUGGUCUUUUGCCUUCCUCUCUUUUGCAGGAUAAAUAAUUUUGCAGAGUGCUGAAUUUUGAAAAGCAAGACUUAGUCCACCAUUCCCAAAUUAAUGUCACUAUAGGAACUGUGACAAUCUGCACUUGUGUUGCUAUUUCAUAAAAAUAUUCCUUGUCAUUAUUUUUCAAUACAGUAUAUCUUUUAAAGCAAAAUACACCAUAGAGAUGCAGCCACAUUCAUCUCUCUUUAUACAUUUUAUCUUUUAUCAUAGCUUGAUUGAGAAAACAAAAGAUAAUGGUGUUAGUGGGAAAUAUGAAAUCUUUUCCACCUGUGUAGUGAUUUAUUUGACUGUUGAUACUGCAUUUUUAAUACUUAGCAGCUUUUCAUUUAAAAUAGAAGCAAGGAAAUAGAUUAAAAUUACUAAAUGGGGAAGCAGACACCAAACCCUGGAUGGUUAAAAAGCUAUUCUUUUCAGGAAAUAAUCAUAUGAACGGUGAUUUUAUCACUUCACUAAUUCUAUCUAGAAGUUAAGCAAGAUAAAUACCUGGUACAAUUUGGUUUGGAGUAAUUGCAUCUGAAAAAUGGAGCCCAUUUUUAGGUUGGUUCGUUUGUUCUUCUUUUUGUGCUUUCUUUCUUUUUUUUUUUGUUUGUUUUUUUUUUUUUUUUUUAAUGAUUCUUCCACCAUUCCUAUUGAAAUGCUGUCAAUUAACUGCUGAGAGCAUCCUAAAGAUUAGGAGUGUAGGGAUUAAUCUGCUUGGCCCAUUUAAUUUUUAACUAUCUGGUGCUAAGUAAUGGAUAAAUAUUGGAGGACAAAUUGUGUGUAGAUUUUCUAUCACACAGGUGAGUUUCUCAUGAAACAAAGCAGGAAAACACUGUUUUCCUUCAAAAUCAUCUUCACUUAGAUGCUGAAAAGCAGCAUAUGCUUAAGUGGCCUGUUGAGCUGGGCCAGACAAGUCAGUGCCUUGCAGUUCUGAGCAAAGCCUGAGUCAACUCCAUUUGCUGAAUUAGAUUUGCUGAAAUCAAAGAAAAGCCUAUGUGGCCUGCACAUGCUGAGUUGACUCUUUUCACACUGCACUUGUGUAAGCAUAGAAAAAACAGCUUUCCCAAAUCUAGAGACAAAGAGAUGCCUUUGGACUGCCCAAACUCCGCUAUUGGUUUUGACAGAUUGUAUAGCCCGAAAUUGCUUUUAAAUUACUCUCUUUCAGAUGGUCAGUAGUUUUGGAGACCUACUGAUCAUGGGUCCUAUCACCACUUAGAAAAGAACAAAAAGUUCUUGAAUGGGGUUACUUUAAUUCCAGCUAUAACUUUAACAAAUUUCUUUGUUCAGGAAAACAAAUGUAUGGGUUUAUGCAAGUACUGUGCAGGAAGUCUAACUCCACUCUCUUCAGCUACUACUUGGACUCAAAAUAAUGCAAAGCAUGGAAAAUGCAAAGUGAAAAUUGCAGUGAAACAGGAUUAAUUUUCUGGCAUUGCUAAUUAAUGUGACAGUUUUUGCCUGGGUUUAUCACAAGGGGCUGCCCAGCAGCAUGAAAGCCAUAAUCAGAGACAGAAUUACGCACAAGCUGUGACAGCUACAGCGGGGAACCUCCUCAACAGGAGACAUUUGGACGAGUCUGUGCUCCGCUCAAUGAUGCUUGGAGUAACUGGUAUUUCUUGGCCCGGAUUUGGAAGACCUGCACUAUUGACUCAUAGCACAGGGAGCUGUGCAUCCCUAGUGUGUGAAUGUCAAGAAGUCUUCAGCCAUCUGCCUCAAGGGACAUGUUUUAUAUACAUUUUUGGGAGAAAGUAUGUGUGUGUGGAUAUGUGCACAUGCACAGUUUUUAUUCUGUCAGUAAAGCCAGCUGGUGCAGAAAGUCCAGCAAUGGAGAUUUUGGAAUUCCUGAUAACAAUCUAAUUUCAACUGUUUCUGCAGCUUUUCUGGAAAUUGAAUCUCUCUGUUCUGCUAGUGUACAUCUCGUGAGAUACCAGAAUGAGGUGGGAUCGCAUUUCCUUUCCUAUGAUGGAAGAGAUUUCAUGUGGGGAUUGUGAAUAUUUUUACAUCUAGCUCUGAUGAUUCAGUCAACACUAGGGUUUCACCUUGUCAUGGUUUUAAGUGCAGCUGGAGAUGAAACACCAUGCAGUUGCUUGCUCAGUCCCCCUCUCUUUUCCUUCCCCAUCCCUGUGUAGUGGGGAGUAGAAUUGAAAUAAAAAUUGUAGGCAGAGACAAGAAAGGUUUUAUAAUUUAAAAUAAAGUAAAAUACAACAGUAAUGGUAAAUAAUGAUAAUGAUAAAAAAGGAAAGAAACCAAAGCAAAUGACAUACAAUGCAAUUGCUCACACUCAUUGACCUCCCAAACCCCUCUUCCCAAACCCAGAUCAGGCCCCCCUCACAUGUAGCUCCCCUCAGUUUAUUUACUCGGUAUGGCAUUUAAAACUCUGUGGAAAUUCAGAAUUUAAAACUAUUUCUAAAUUUGAAAAAUUAUGGGUGUGUUACAUCUAUUAUGAGAGCCUAUAAGCUUACAUGUCUCUUACAGAUUUAAUGUGAAAAACCUGCAUUUUUAAACUUUUCAAGUAGCAAAGGAGGCCAUGACAGCAUGCUUUUAUGAGGGGAACUCCAUGUACUGUGAUUGGGUUUUGGGCUUUGGCCCUUUUUUCACUGUUUUGCUUGUUUGGUCAUACAAAAGUAGCCAAUUGUAACCAAUUGUACCCAAGUGAGGGCCUGAGUUUACUUCACGUAUAUGAGAUGUGUCUUUCUGCUAACAGGAAGCCAAAGUGGUUUUCUUGUAGUAGUACAGCCCAAGUGGAAUUUCCUGUUUUGUGUGGAGCAUUCAAAGCAGCAGACAUUUUAAGAUGUCAGUGAGCAUUUCCUUGAUGCUUGGAGAUUCAUCCCAUUUUGGUUUACUUCAAGCUUCAACAUUAUUACAUUUCAAAAAAACUGCCUUCAUUCUGAACUGAAACAAAAUUUGAGGUGGAAAAAGGAAAAUAGAACAGAAAAAAGCUUGGAGCUAAAAUCAUGCUGAAAUUCACAUCUCUGCAUAGGGUAGUAGGAGCUGAGCUUGCCAAAAGCUAAGCAUUUCAACAUCGAAAAAAAAUUGUAAGGCGUUGAAAAGAGUAGUACAUUCCUUGAAAUUUGCUAUGGGAGAAGUUCCAAGACCUGUCUGCUUGGGAAAAAUGACUAUUUUCCUAAUUUAUUUCCUCCUGAUAAAAAUCCAGAGGGAGUGGUUUAUAAGAUGGCUGCAAGUUAAAGAUGAAAGAUGCAUGGAAUUCACUGAUAGCUCAAUAACCUUGAUGUAUGAUCUGGAACUGGUUGACUUUAGUUGACUCAGCUUGUAACACUCAGCCUGUAAAAUCCAUUUCUUUGGGAAAUCAUUGUAGCUACCUGUGUCUGAAGCUUAUGCACCCCAUCUGGUCCACAUGAGGUCCAUUUUGAAGAUGUAAGUAAAUGGCCUUUAAAUAGGGCAAAUAGUUUGUGUCAUCACACCGUAGCUUAGGAACCACUCCCUGUGUCCUAGAAGCCUUAAGAUCUGCCCAGGUUAUUCGGACUCUUGAAGCUGCUUAUGGCAGUAUUAUCUUCUCCCAACUAAAAACAAAAAGAGGAUAUGAAAGCACAUCUCCCACUCCUACAUGAAAAAAAAAAAAAACUAGCACUAGUCUGGCAGAAAUUAAAGCAAGUCACCUUAUUUAGGAGUGUUUACCAAAAUAAGUCACCUGGUGAAAAGCCAUUUGUGCAUACAAAUAGCAGUGCUCUUGUGCCAAGCUUUCAGUUCUGAGGACUGGCCCAAAGGAAGAAUGGAUCUGUCUAUCCCACUGUGCUCUGUGUAGAGAGGAAAAGUCAUGCACAGAAGAAGAUUUACAAGGACUUCUCUCAGGCAGUGCCAGGGCCUGCAGCACCAGAAAAGCACAUGGGAUUCAAAUUCAGUAUUUUAUCUGCUCAGUCUUUUUUCUUUAAUUUUUCUUCACUAGUUUAAAACUCACAGCACAAUGUUGCACUCAGCGCUGCCUUUUUACUGCUUGUUGCCUACACGUGUGAGUUGAUUUUCAUGGAAUGAUACACACAUCUUGCAGAAUGAGAGCCUUAUGUUUGCACUUGUCAAUUAAACACUGAAAUGAGAGAA